AUAAAUAUCUCUAGUAAACAUUGAAAUUUAAAAACAGUAAAAGUUGUUUAGUAUUCUAAAAAUUUUGACAUCUUCAAUUUGUGACUUUGAUUUAUUUUUAAAUCUUAAAUUAUUAAGAUGGUAUUGUUAAACAUCGUUUCACAAGAUUUGUCGAUACCAUCUGAGUAUAUAAAACAAACAAAUAACCCUAAACGCUUUUUUGCCAAUGUUCAUCGUAUUUGGUACAGAGAUUUUUUAAAUGGUAUUUAUCGACCAUUCUUGCAUCAUGAAACUUUUACAAAUGAUGAUGUUCAAGCUAAAGUACAACAAAUUGAAAGUUUAGGUGAUGCUUGGAUAUAUGUUCUAGUUUCAAUUAUUACUAAAAAAGAUAAACAUGUUAUUCCAUUAGCCCGAAAAUAUGAAUCUAUUAAGUUUGAAAAAGAUUUAAGCCUCUCUCAACAACUGCAGUAUGUAACAGUUACCAAUAGAAAGAAUUUAUGGAAAGAAGCAUUUAAAAAAUAUAGCUUGAAUGGAUUUUUUUUUAAAGAACAAACAUUUUCUUCUAAUAUUUGUUUAUUACCAUAUAAUAGUGUUAUUAAAGAUGUUCUUGUACGUUUUUAUAAUUCUCAAAUAGUUAAUCUUCGAGAACGAUCUCAAAAAGUGUGUCCAUCUUCAGAUAACGAUUCACACUCUAAUAUUUUAUGUGCUAACAUAGUAUUUGAAACAGAAAAAUACUUUUAUUUAUUACAAGAAACAAAUGAUACUCAUACUUUACAAGAUUGUGUUAAUUAUAGUCCAGCAUUAUUAAAAAAUUGUUAUGCUCGACCAUUGUUUUUAAUUUUUCAACUUUUAAAUGCUAUGCAAAAUAGUCAUGAUCGUGGACUUGUUUUGGGUAAUAUAACAUUAUCAGAUGUUAUUGUUUCUCCAGAGUUAUGGAUAAAGAUUUUGCCCAGAAUUACUGACAAUAUUUCAGACUCUAGUAGUAGUGAUUGUAAUAAUGUAUCUAAUGACAUAAAAAAUCAAAUGCAUACAGAAAGUCUAGCCUUUAUGUGUGAACAAUGGGUAUAUGGGAAAAUAUCAAAUUUUGAUUAUUUAACUUUUUUAAAUAAAUUAGCUGGUAGAAAAUAUGGUGAUCCUAAAUGUCAUCAUGUAUUUCCUUGGGUUACGGAUUUCAGCUCCCGUGCUGGUCUAAAUUAUCGUGAUCUCACAAGAUCAAAAUAUAGGAUAAACAAAGGUGAUAGACAGUUAGACUUGACUUAUGAUAUUGGAGAUCAAAAAAAUUCAAUUUUGAUCCCUCAUCAUGUAACUGAUAUAUUAUCAGAGAUAACUUACUAUGUGUACAGAUCUCGUGUAACACCACGUUCAGUUCUUUGCCGAUACAUAAGGACAAAAUUUGUACCUGAAGAAUAUCCAUCAAGUAUACAACGUAUGCAACAAUGGUCUCCGGAUGAAUGUAUUCCUGAAUUUUUUACUGAUCCUUCAGUUUUUAAAUCAAUUCAUAAAGAGCUUCCAGACUUAGGUAUUCCAACUUGGGCAGAAAAUGUUCAAGAUUUGGUGGAUACUCAUAGAGCUAUACUAGAAUGUAAUUAUAUUUCAGAAAGAUUACACCACUGGAUUGAUUUAACUUUUGGUUAUAAAUUAUCUGGUAUAGCUGCUGUUAAAUCAAAAAAUGUGUGUCUUCAACUUAGUGAUAAUCAUACAAAUUUAUCAUCCUCUGGUAUAGUUCAAUUAUUUACCCAACCUCAUCCUCAAAAACUAUUGCCAUCGCCUUACUUUUCACAUAUUCCUCCAGUUUUACCAAAAAUGAAAACGCCACCAUUAACUGAAACGGAACAAGAAAUUUCAUGCAAUGAAACUGAUGAUAGACCUAGCAAUGGAUUUACAAAAUACUUAGAUUUUUCAAAAACACCACUUUGUCUACCUCCUGAUUAUAAUCCUGCUACUCCCUUGUUAGCAUUAGAUACUUUGAAUAAAUUUUUAUCAGGAAUAUAUGCCACAUUUAAUCCUUCUAUGGAUUAUAUCAACAAACCAAGGAAGAUAACUUCAUAUAAAAAUGUAAUAGCAAAUAGGAGAGCUCAAGAAAUUCAAGUUUUAGGUUGCUUAAUGGUAGAAUUAUUCAUGAGCGAUAAAAUUAUAGCUCUGGGUAGCAAUUUAUCUACAUUAUCAUUUACAAAGCGAUUACAAACUUGUCGAAUUUUGGCUUCAACCUAUCUCAAAGAUUUGCCCAAUUGUAUCAGACAUGCUAUCAAAUUACUACUUCAAAUUGAUAAAAUCCCUUUGAAUGAAAAUCCUUCACCUUUUGAUUUUAACUGGUGUACUGUCGUAACAGAUUACGGGCUUCCUCCACCAACAGCUCAUCAAUUACUUAUUCCUAUGUUAUCUUCAUCAUUAUUAAGUUUCCCUAAGUAUUUCUUUAACUUGCAAAAUAUUUUAAAAAUUUAUCACAAUUACAAAUUAGUAAAAUCUGAAAUGGAAAGUGUAAAAAAUUUAUUAGAUGAAAAUCAAAAGUAUACUUUAGAUAUGUUUAAUGUAUUAUGUAUCAAGAUUAUUACUGAUAUUGAAAAUGAAAUGAUUGAAUUAAAUGAAACAGAAGUUUGUGGUUUCUUAAUUGACAGUACUUGGAUUGAGUUUUUAGUACCUAUGAUAAUUGAUCUUGUAUCUGAUACAAAUUGCAACAUUUUAGCUGCAUUGCAGUUAUUGGAACCGGCAUUUAAAUCUUUAGGCGUUAAACGAUCAAAAGAUUUACUUCUCGAAUGUGUAGUUAAAUUAUAUGAAGAAUGCUUACGUGAUUUAAGUGAGGAAAGUAUUUUCAUUCAACAUAAGUGGAUCAAAUUGUAUCAGAAACCAUUUUUAAUGAAAUUAAUUGCUGGUUUUGGAACAAACAUAUUUUUAAAAAAUAUUGUUCCUAUUUUAGUAGAAUCUGUUGGUUCUGGUUGUAAUUUUAACACUGCUCAUCCAAUUCCAAUUCAACAUUUAAAUGACAUCUGUGGCUCUUUUCCAUCUCAAGAAAACUUAUCUCCAAAUAAGAUUAGCAAAAAUAUGUCUAAAGCAUUUGAAAAUGACUCUAUAUCAUUAGAUGAUGAGGCAUUAAAUAAAAGUAUAGUCUCUCUUAAAGAUGUUUUAUUAGAUGAUCAAGUAUUCAUUGAUUAUGAUCGACAAAGUACUGACACAAAUUUUAGUGAUGACAAAAGUAUGGUUGAUGUUACUAUUGAAGGAUUAUCAGAUGAUGAAGAUAUGCAGUCAUGUCAUACUCCAGAUUCAGAAAAAUGUAUUAAUGCAGAGCCUUUAAAAAUAGCUGAAGUUAGCUCUGAAUCAUUAUUAUGGAUAUCAGAUCGCGUUGGUCCAGUACACACAUCACUCUAUGUAACAAAAAAUUUACUAAAAAUAUUGAUGUUGUGCUAUAGUAAUUCUUUACAAAAUGAUGAAAAAGCUGUUAUAGUUAUAAAUUGUCUAAUAAAUAUUGCUGGUAUUUAUGGUGAGCAAUUGAUUUUGGUUCAGUAUUUACCACAUAUUUCUGAUGUUGUGGGAUUAUGUAAGCGUAGUAAAAUGACAACUAAUCUUGAAAGUGGUCUUAUAGGAUGUAUAACUUUACUUAAAUAUUUGAUGUCCUAUUUCACUAAAACAACUUUAAAUGAAAUCAGUCAAGACAUUUUAUGCAAAGGUAUUAUUCAUCCAAUGAUACGAAUUUUGUCAUCACCUAAAAUCAUGUUUCCUUUGGGAGCUCCAAGCCGCAGUAAUUUUGCUGUUAAAUUAAUUGACACAAUUUAUUUUUUUGGUCUAAAGCAAGGUCAUUUAAUUUCAAAAACAAUUCAAAGACUAUUUUUAAUAUUUGAUAGAUUACGACAUGUUGAUCUUCCAAAUUUAACGGAUAUCAAUUUGAAGGGACAACUUAUUGAUUCUAAUAAUAGUGACUCUGGUGAUUCGCCUGUAUUAGCUGGUACUGAAAAAUCACAUGUAAAAACUAAAGCAAUGGAAGAAAUAUUUAAGGUUUUAACUCCAGACUUAGCAUAUCAUUCUUACAAUUUAUUUAUGAAGUAUUAUGGGGAACCAUUUAUGCAAAGAACAUUAAUGAACUUCAUUUUUAUUAAAGAAUUAUGUGCUAUGUAUAAAGAAGAAAGAGUGUACGCAAACUACACAAAUAUUGAUGAUUGUUCAUUACAAUUCGAAGAAAAACUUGGUGCACAUCUUACUCUUAAAGGCAAUAAAAUUCAUUUUCAAGAAGAAGAAAUAGAAGUCGCAGAAGAUGCUAAAAUAAUGAUGGACUCAUCAAGACAUUUAAAAGGAAACUGGCUAGCAUACUGGGAAUAUGAAAUUGGUCGUAGCAGUCAUGAUACUUUAUUUAAUUUUAAACAGAUAAAGUUACAAAUGUUUAGUGGACACCAAUCAACUAUUAAAUGUUUAAGUGUACUUGAAAAUGAAAAUAGUUUUAUAAGUUCUAGUCGAGACAAAACUGUUAAACUCUGGUCAUUAAGAAAUCAAGGUGAUGGUAAUAGUGUUUCACAAUGUCAAUACACUUAUAAUAGACAUAGAAAAUCAGUUUUAUCUGUUACCUACCUCGAAAAAUUUCGCACUGUGGCUUCAUGUGACUCAUCAAUACAUGUGUGGGAUCCAUGGAGUGGUGGUCGUCUAGUUUGUUUGAUGAAUAAUAUACCUGUGAAUAUUCUUAAAUGUUUACCCACUCCUCACCCAAAUUUGUUAGCUGCAUCUACUCAACCAGCUUUACAUUCCAUUGAUCCUAGAACAGGAAAAUCAGUAGUUGAACUCAAAAUAUCUGCUAAUGCAUCAGGGUUAAUAAGGAGUAUUGCUGUAGCUGAUAAUGGACAUUGGAUUGCUGUUGGCCAAUCAACUGGAUAUUUAACAGUAAUCGAUUUACGUACAGGUCAGGCAAUUGCUAAUUGGAAAGGUCACGAAGGAGAGGUUUUACAACUAUUAGCUGUUGAUAAUAAUACUAUCGUCAGUUCAUCACUUGAUCAAUCUUUGUCUGUUUGGAACAUAACUAAUGGUAGUCUAAUUUAUAACAUGAGAGGGUCACCUGAGCCAGUCCAUUGUUUAGGUCUCCACGGAAAUGAACUAAUAUCAGGUACAACAGCUAACCGAAUUGGAGUACAUACUGGUUUCACAAGUGAAGCAUCAUUUUCAUCUACAAAAAUUAGAGCAGAUAUUUUUAAAGGUGUUUUAACUACUAUGUCAGUAUUGAGUCUAAAUAAAAUACUUAUACUUGGUGCUGAUAAUGGAAAUAUAACCAUUUUGUGUUAAUAAGUAUGAUACACAUAUUUAUGUAUUAUACUAAUUGAAUAGUUAGUAUAUAUAAUAUGAAUAUAUAUAUAUCUAUAUGUUUUACUACGUUAUUAUGUAUAAUUAUAGAGAAAAUAAAACUUCAAUUUUUUUCUACAUUUUUUUAUUCCCUUUGUAAACAUACUUUUACUUCUAUUUUAUUGUAAUAUUAUAAAAACUUAUUAUUUAAAAAAAAAGCUUUGCUUAAGUUAUGGUUUUAUUGAAGUACAAAUUUUUAAUUUUUUAAUUUUAUUAUUGUAUUUUACCUAAAAAAUAAUAUUUUUUAUCUUUUAAACAUCAUCAUCAUUAUAAUAUAAUUUUUGACCACUACUAUGUUA